AUGAAUACAUUGACACACGUUCCUCCGGGCUUCCGGUUCCAUCCCACGGAUGAAGAACUGGUCGAUUAUUAUCUUCGGAGAAAGGUUACAUCCAGGAAUAUUGAUUUGGACGUGAUCAAAGAUGUCGAUCUUUACAAAAUCGAGCCAUGGGAUCUUCAAGAGCUAUGCAGAUUAGGAAGAGAAGAGCAAAGCGAUUGGUACUUUUUUAGCCACAAAGACAAGAAAUACCCGACGGGUACUCGCACAAAUAGAGCCACAAGUGCUGGAUUUUGGAAGGCAACGGGUCGUGAUAAGGCGAUUUAUUCAAAGCACGAUUUGAUUGGGAUGAGGAAAACUUUGGUGUUCUAUAAAGGAAGAGCCCCUAAUGGUCAGAAGUCGGAUUGGAUAAUGCACGAAUAUCGACUGGAGAGUGAUGAAAAUGGGAAUAGCAGUCAGGAAGAAGGAUGGGUGGUGUGCAGGGUUUUCAAGAAACGGAUAGCAUCGACCCAAAAGCUAAGCGAGCACGAGUGGUACGACUCGUUGAUGCCAGAUCAGAUGGAAUCACCCAAACAACCCUCCUACAAUAAGGAGGAAAUGCAGAUGCAGAUGCAGAUGCAGUACCCUCAUCAUUUUCCUCAUCAUCAACUUCCGCUUUUACAAAUCCCUAAUAAGAUGCUCCAAGCUACUGUCGGGCCCUCUUUCGAAUCUUUGAAUAACAUCAACAUCAAUAAUAAUGAUGACAACCGCAUUUUCCAACCGGAUUACAACAACAACAACAACAACAACAACCAAGGGUCGGAGGAUCAGGUGACAGAUUGGAGGGUGCUCGACAAAUUUGUGGCAUCUCAAUUGAGUCACGACCAGAUUUCCAAAGACAACGCUCAUGCAUUCAACGUAACUCAUCAGGACUCCAACUUGGUCUCCACGGAUUCGAGCAAGGAACAAAAUAAUGCUUCAACUUCCUCGAACCAUCUUUGGAACUCACACUAA